CGUAAAUUAUAAAUGAUUUUCCUUACUAUGCUGCUUUAUUCAAGGAUUUUUCAGAUAAAUUACCAAAAUAUGUAUGAACCUUGAAUUAUAAUCCAACUUCAACUUUCAUCCUUUCAUUAAUAAAUGAUGGACCCAUGUUUGGGUGGAGCCAAAUCUAACCGCCAAUCAUAAUUGCGAGUCAUCCUGUCCAUAACUCAAGCUGGAGAACAUGUAAAGAGGUAAAAAGUGAAGAGGAAGAUUUUACCAAGAAAAGGGAAUGUGGUUAUAUGCUCGUAUCAAAAAGAGUCGCAGAUCGAGGAAUUAUAUUUUUUCUAGUCAUAUGCAGAUAUGAUAUAUGAUUUAAAAUUAAUUAUAGGAAUCAUGAUUAUUGAUGCGACUGUGGAAAUUGUUGCCGAGGUUGAACCUGUACCACCAGAUGGUUGCAACACGGGUACCACAUUGGUUAUUCCUCCUCCUGAUGACUGGAUGGAGGUGGAAGUCAUUAUGGGAUUCAGAGUAUGGCAGUUGAUGUUCCUCGCUUUAGCUGGGCUCAUAACCCUAAUUGUGAUAUUGUGCUGUUUCAUGAAGUGCAGAGUGCCAAGAACAAAACAAGAAAUUGAAGCGGAUUUCAAAAGACGAGAAAUAACUAGACGCUUUAGAUUUCUACUGGAUCGCGUACAAAUUGAAGACAACAGUCUAAGAACAGCUAUUGAAAAGGUGAACGAACUCUACACUAAUCGUGAAAAAAUGAAACGUCGUAAGAAGAAAAAGAUAGAAGACGAGGAGGAGAUAAUAUCACAAGGCAGCAGCUAUCUUUUUGAGGACGAAAAAUUAACUAUCAAAGAAAAAAUUAAAAAACUACUUGGUUUGCUAGAUGAAGAAGCUUCAGAUAUAGAUUCAAUGAAAGAGACAACCGAUAAAAGCGAAGAAGUGUUUAAACGUAGUACAUCAGUUGACGACGAGCUUUCUUCAUUGCCAGAUAUCAAAAUUAUAGAUUCUAUGAAAAAACAAACGUCAGAAGAAUCGUCUGAUUCACCAAAGUUAGGUGAAUCGAAAGUGUCUCUUCUGCUUGAUUCUCCUGCCAGAACUCAUGACACACUUUCUAGAUUGUCAUUUCUACAAGAUUCUCCACCCCAACAAGUCCUGUCACUGCUACAAGACACACCUCCAGGCAAGAAGUUUUCGAGCAAAAAAACGGAUUCGCAAGAAUCUCACGAUUCUGAGCAGUCAAUCAAGAAACAAGAUUCAUUGGAUUCUGACAAAAGUCCGAGAGUGUUGUUGAAACAGCAGAAAUCCGAUUCGCAAAGUUCAGACGGGGAGAAAUUAUUGAAGAAGUGUAAAUCCGAUUCACAAGAAUCUGGAAACGAAAAGAAACAAAAAUCUGAUUCCCAAGAUUCAAAUGAUUCGGACAUCGUGUACUCUAAACCGAAGAUCAAGAAAAUUGUUGAGCUGCAAGGAUCAAAACUUUCCCGUAGAGAGUCCGUUAGUGGUGACUCGGGUGUCGGAUCUUUCCAGAAAUGGCGAAAAUCGACAAAAAACCAAUCCGAUAAUGAUUCCAAAAAUACUCAAUCCUUAGAUGUUAAUAUGGGCUCAUAGAAAUUCUAACAUUAAGUGACUGUGCCGUCUAGCUAUCACGAGAACUCUUUCCAACUGUAAAAUCAUUUCUAAAGUAGAAAAACUGAAGAUAAAAUAUAUGAUUCUCUUUACCUUAACCAAUGCGACAUAACGUUAACCCCACACGCCUAUUCCAAGUGAUUAAUUUUCGUCACCACGGUUACCGUCAAAACGCGAGUCUGGUGUCUCAAGGAGUUCUCGUGAUGGCUCGAAGGCAUAUGAAUAUAUAUUCUGCAAUCACUAUCCUUAACGUUUAUUGUUAUUGAUCAGGGUCAAGGUUUAAGACAAUAGGGAUUGUAUACGUACAGUGCGAAAAAAAAGUUUUUUUUCUUCCCCGAUUGAAUUUUGGCGUUUUAGGACUCAAUAUUAAUGGCUCGAAGGGGUGACUUCAAAUAUGCCAAUUAAUAAGUGCAAAAGCUACGAAAUCAAACUCGAAAACGUACUUUCUCUGAUUAAACAUGCAGCUUUUUCGAUGGAUUCGGAUUUUUGACCGCAAUCUGGGAAAUAUGGUCCCAAUAAUUUGGUCAAGAGAAUACUCAAA